GCUAGUACAAAAAAUUCAAAGAGAGCGGCGCGGUCAUACUGAGAAAUUCGCCGAGAAAACAACAGACAGCUCCCGUUCGAACCGACAACAAAAACAAUAAAAAAAAAAAUAAGUGGGCGCUGGGCGAGGGGUGGCGGACAGAAAUAAGCAAUAUUUUGCUGUGAUUUCUGUGAGUGCUCGAAGGCGGCGUCUUUGCGUGUUUUGUGUGCUUCCGAUUCCGAACUCGCGAUUGUGUUUGUGACAUUUUCGGGUGGCUUUUUUAUAGCAACAAGCAAGAGCGGCGGCAGGGAACGGCGAGUGCAGAAAUGUCGAGGGAAUUUGCAUAAUUUCGGGUCGGAGCAACUAUAGAAAUUGUAUAAUAAGCGAAACGUGUUUGUUUGCCAAGUAUAGCAGCAGGAGGACUGGCAGGAGGCUGGCCUUGAGCCCAGAUCGACACCGAUGGCCGCCGGGGGAUGCAGCAGCAGCAGCCAGGAUUCCACCUUAACCGCCGAAUCCACCACCCCAGCUGAUGCCCGAGGUUCUAAUCUCAACGACAGUAACAACAACGAAAGCAGCCACAACUGCAGUCGCAGCCGCAUCCCAGCAUAAUGUCAAGUGCCCACUACCAGGCACUCGAGCCGCAGACUUCCGACGAGGAUAACGAGGACAUCGAGCAGCGGCGGCCGAAGCAGCAGCAGCACCAUCACUACCACCUGCGCAACCACAGCGGCUCCACUACGACAGCCUGCUCCUUGGCCACACCGGUCAUGGCCCGGAAGGGGCGUCGUCGCUGCCUGCUGCCCCUGGUGGGCGGAGUGCUGUUCUUCAUAGCCUUUUGCUACCUCACCCUCAGCGUGGACACGCGCCUGGCCCUGGGACUGGGCGGUGGCUCCGAUGACUCGGAUGACGAGGGAUCCCACAACGACUUAGAUAGAAACAAUUUCCGGCCACUCAACGAAACCGUGCACAUAUGCAGCGAAAGCUACGAGGAUCGCCGUCAGUUUAUGCAGGACAAACCCAAUUCCGAGUAUGGACAGUUGCCGGUGAUAUACUUUGUUACCCCCACGUACCCGCGGCGGGAACAGAUUCCGGAACUGACGCGUCUGGCGCACACGCUGCUCCAUGUCCCACGACUGCACUGGCUGGUGGCCGAUGAUCAACAGAAAUGCAACGACUUCAUAGACACGCUGCUUAAUCGAUUUGGCAUUCCCUUCACCCACAUGGUCAGUCCCAUGCCUGCCAAGUUCCGGUUUGCAGACCCUGCACCGCGUGGCGUGGCCAAUAGAAGAGCAGCCUUGCGGUGGCUGCGGCAGCACAACCUCACCAAUGGAGUCCUUUACUUUGGGGAUGACGACAAUACCUAUGACCUGCGACUCUUCUCGGAGAUCAGGAAGACUCAGAGGGUAUCCAUGUUUCCCGUUGGUCUGAUUGCCGACUAUGCCAUCAGCGGGCCAGUAGUUAGAAAGGGCAAAGUGGUGGCCUUUCUAGACUCUUGGGUAGCGGGUCGACGCUGGCCUGUGGACAUGGCCGGCUUUGCCGUGAGCCUGGAGUACAUGGCACAGUACCCCAAUGUAAAUAUGCCGUAUAAGCCCGGCUAUGAGGAGGAUCUCUUUCUGCGGAGCAUCAACGUGCGUAUGGAUGAAAUCGAGCCGCGGGGCAAUAAUUGCACAGAGGUUCUGGUUUGGCAUACGCAGACCAAGUCCAAAAAGCUGGGCGUUGUACGCUUGGAGAGCAAAUACCUCGACGACCGCUCUAAUCUGGGCGCCCUCUUACGUAACCUAGAGCUAAUGGGGGUGGCCACCAUAACAGAGAGCGAAAGUCGCACUGCACAGAUCAGCAAGAAUGGCAAGGCGAAGCCGCACUCCGUCAUACUCAGCUGAGAACCCGGGUCCCAGCAACCGAAAACAAUCCCAAAUAAUACUCAUAGAUGUUUUGAGCUAAAUGUAUAAUAUUUCAGCCAGGAACCCAAUCUCGAUUCAACCGCUCUCCCCUGCAUGCGUUCUAGUUAUCAGUGGUUUUUUCGCACAACGCAAUAUCUUGAUUAUUUAUUCUGUGUUCUCGUCAUAGUGUAAUAAUAAUAACGAGUUUCCCUGUAUUGUUAAUUAGUUGUAGAUUAGGUUGUUCGUGAUAGCCAGAUAGGAAACACAGGAUAGAAUCAGGACUUAUUAAAUUAUAUGUAUGUAUAUCAUCAUCACUACCAGUAGGUUGUAAAGUAAGGUACGAAAGUUUUAAUUGCUUUCCAUAUUCUUAAUUAUGUAUUUUAUUUUGCAAAGCAAACUAAAGGACGCAUCUUCACUGACUUACACAACACACAGACACAUAUCAUUAAGCUUGACUUAUUUUAUCUUAGGUUAACAUAUUUUUUUUAAUACCGCUGAAACCCGAAUGCUUUAGUAAUGGGCAAUAAUUUAUAAUAUUUUAGUGAGGGGCUUUUAGCAGCUCCACAAAUAAUCAGUAACUCAAUCAAAGCUAUCGUAAGCCAUGAUGUGAACAAAUAAAUACUAGUUUUAUAAAGCUGUCUCCAAAAGAA